CCACAAGGUAAAAUUACAUCAUUUAGGAUGAGAUUUGUGUGUCCUACACAGUUUAACUACAUGAGUGAGUGUCGACUGAAAGGUCCAUCAACUUGUUUUUAAAAUACGAGAGAAAAUGAACAAAAUAUUUUUGGAUUACAUUUGUAGUACAUCAGAUCAAAUCAUCUCUUGUGUUAACUCUCAGUGUCAGUUAUAGAAACCCACCAACAAACAUCAAACAAAAACGUGCUGUUGUUUCAUGCCUUUCGGUCGGAAAGAUGGGUGAUAUUAUUUCCACUGUGGUAGUACAGUGACAGGCCAUCAUAACGACAGGCCAAUCAGAUUGUUGUGAAAUUGUUCCCUCCCACUUGAUAUCAUCACUAUAAGAUGAAGCGUCUUCUAAUAUCAUCUAAUUUAACGGCUGUCACGGCCAGAAGAUGUUCUUCAUAUUUUAUUUACUGCUGACACUCAGGGUGGGAAGAUGCACAGAUGAUGUGAUCAUUGAGAUGAAGACUGUUGGUGUUGGAGAUGAUGUGACUCUGACCUGUACCCGCCAGAAAGCUCAAGAUGGAACAACAGCCUUGUUUUGGAUCAGGGUUGUUUCUGGAAACUUACCUGAAUUCUUGGGGGCAACAUAUGCCUUUGAUUAUAAGGGUAUUAAUCAGACUCCUCGCAUCACAGCAAAACAAGGACCUGGAACGUUUCUUCUCCAUAUUAAAGAAACAAAGCGAAGUGAUACUGGAGUUUACUACUGUGUAAAAGUAUACCUACGUGACAUGAAAUUUUUGAAUGCAACAUUUCUGAGAAUUAAAGGAUCAGAACCUGAUAUCACUGCUGUCAUUCAGGAGCCUCCAUCUGAUUCAGUCCAUCCAGGAGACUCAGUGCCUCUGAAGUGUUCAGUCCUCUCUGACCCUGAAGACAAAACAUGUCCAGGAGGUCCCAGUCUGUUCUGGUUCAAAGCUGGAUCAGAUGAAUCUCAUCCCAGUGUCAUUUACACUCAUGGAGACUCUGGUGAUGGAUGUGACAAGAGUCCUGAGGCUCACGCUCCACAGAAAUGUGUCUACAGCUUCUCUAAGAGCGUCAGCUCCUCUGAUGCUGGGACUUAUUACUGUGCUGUGGCCACAUGUGGGGAGAUAUUAUUUGGAAAUGGAACAAAAAUGGACAUUCAAGCCCCUAACAUGCAGGAGGACAAUACAGUUCUGCUUCUGUUAUGUGCUGCUUUGGCUCCAAGUCUGAUUGUUAUAACCUUCCUGAUUUUUACCAUCAACAAAAAUUCUUGUGGUUGUUGCAAAGACACUGUGACCACUGCUGGGCAGAAAAAUCAGCAUUUAAGGAUGUUAAUGAGAGUUGAGGACACUUGGGUUUAUUCUGCUGUCGUCUUCACCACCAUGAGAACUGACAGCAGUGGAACGAGGGAUGCAAACUCAUCAGAGAGAGAGAGGAUCUACGCUGCUGUCAAGGCUUUGGGGUUGGAUUAGAAGUUCAGUCAACUGCAGCCAAAAAUCUCUGUGUAAAAUGAGUUAUUACAUGCUAAACGCAUUCUGCAAUUCACAAAAAACUUUUCAUGUUGUGUAUCUUUUAAGUCAGCAUGCCUGCAAAUUAUUAAAAUCCAACUGAAAUCACAUUUAGUCAUCCAUUCUUGAGAUCAGAAAUGAAUUAAAAUUUAAAUAUAUCCUGGCCAGCAUCUGAACAAACAGACCUGACAUUUUGACACACCUUGUUCAGUUAGUCUCUGUGUAAAAUGAGUUAUUAUAAAUCAUUUGAACUGGAUAAAAGAAACAUUUCUUCCAUUUUUCAAAUGGACAUGAGUAUGCUAUUUGAUGCUGUUUGAUCAUUAAACAAAUCUCUCAACUUCAUUUGUGACCCACCAUCUUACUUUUAUAUUUUCAUUUCUGUGAGUAUAAUGAAGACUUACACGUAUAGCCUAACAAUUUUCAUCAAAAAUUGCUCCACCCGUAUUAAACAGGCCUACUGU